AGCUAUCCGGAAGUAGUACCCUUCACUGCGACAGAAAAAAAGUGGGCGCUAGUAGAAGUUUGUAACAUGGCUCUUGGCGACUGUUGGAAGAACUUGUCGUGGUUCUAUCGUCAGUAUCUCCUGGUGACGGCUCUCUACAUGCUAGAACCUUGGGAGAGAACCGUUUUCAACUCUUUGCUGGUCAGCGUGGCAGGCAUGGCGGUUUACACGGGCUAUGUGUUCAUGCCGCAGCAUAUCAUGGCCAUUGUACGCUACUUUGAGAUGGUCCAGUGAAGCGGCGCUGACUUCUGACCUCUGAAUAGUCACUUUGACGUCAAAGGUCAGAGUGGGUGUGGACGCCGUGUUCACAUCAUUCUGUAAACUCUUUUGACCUUCGGCCAUGUUGGCUUCUAAAUGAAGAAGAUGCGCUUGGUUUCUUUUCACUUUGUAUUUUGCUUCAAGCGCACCUUCUAUAUGUUUUUAUUGAGGAAAACCAUCAUGGACUCUUUCAUGGACCAAUCAGGAGUGGGUUCGGACCUCUUGACCCUCAACGACAAGUAUAUCAAAUAUAUAUACAGUAUAUAUAUAUAUAUAUUUUUUUUUUGUGGUGGAGGGGUAUAAAUGUAAUGUCAAACAAUUUUGCCUCCUAUGUCUCCCACUAGUGGUCUGAGGAUGUAACUGACGUGUUGACGUUUAUGGACUUUUAACAUGAAUUAUGUCACCGCGUCACGUGACGUGUGGCAUCGACUGGAAUAAAGAAUUUAUUGAUGUUGAAUAGUCAAGUUUUAUUGAACAGAUGCAAACACGUUCGUAGCUUUUUCUAUGUCUUUUUCUUGGUGCCGUGUGGCGCAUACAUUUUUGUAGCCGGCACACGUGUUUGGAAUCAAUAAAGGAAAUAGAACAUGA